GGAGUGCCGGGCCGUGCGGUGACGGGGCAGUAUCAGGGAAGCACAGCCCGGGAGCUCUGUGCUCUGCCUGACUCAGGCAGCAGGUCAGGGCAGGCCAAGGAGGGGCUGCCAUAGGCAAAUGGAAAUUUGCCGAGCAAAGUAGGGCUGAGGAAAGGAAUUCUAGGUAGUGACCUUGAAGAGCGAAGUUCCAUAGGUGAAUAAGUGCUUCCAAGUCUAUGACAGGAAGUGUCCAGGUGGAUGGCACUGUCGUGGGAGGUCUGGGAUCUAUCUUAAGGGCAGUGUGAAACCAGGAUUUAAGAGGGUGUCACCUGGCCAGAUUUCUCGUUUAUAAAAAUCUUCAGACUUAUAAGGGCUGGAUUGGAUAGGAGGCAAAGUCCAGGAAGGAAGGAAGCUGUAAGAGACCUGAAUGAGGGAAUGGGUCAAGGUGGCAAAACUGGCCGUGCCUGCCUCUUGCGGUGUGGCCUCCCAAGCACGCAUCACAGGUGGUAACAGUGCAACCCCUGGCCAGUGGCCCUGGCAGGUCAGCAUCCUCUUUGAUGGCACUCACGUGUGUGGCGGUUCUCUCGUGUCUGAGCAGUGGGUACUGUCGGCUGCCCACUGCUUUCCAAGGGAGCACCACAAGGAUGACUACGAAGUAAAGCUAGGGGCCCACCAGCUGGACUCCUACACCCCUGCGGCCGAGGUUCGCACCUUGGAAAAGGUCAUUUCCCACCCCAGCUACCGCCAUGAGGGCUCCGAGGGGGACAUCGCACUCCUCCGUCUCAGCAGCCCCAUCACCUUCUCCCGCUACAUCCGGCCCAUCUGCCUCCCUGCAGCCAACGCCUCCUUCCCCAACGGCCUCCAAUGCACUGUGACUGGAUGGGGCCACGUGGCCCCCUCAGUGAGCCUCCAGGCCCCCAGGAUACUACAGCAACUUGAGGUGCCACUGAUCAGUCGGGAGACAUGUAACUGCUUGUACAACAUCAAUGCCAAGCCUAAUGAGCCCCACUCUAUCCAGCAGGACAUGGUGUGUGCUGGCUAUGUAGAGGGGGGCAAGGAUGCCUGCCAGGGUGAUUCUGGGGGCCCUCUCUCCUGCCCUGCUGGGGGUCUCUGGUACCUGGCAGGCAUUGUGAGCUGGGGUGAUGCCUGUGGGGCCGCCAACAGGCCUGGCGUGUACACGCUGACCUCCAGCUAUGCCUCCUGGAUUCACCACCACGUGGCGGAGCUCCAGCCUCAGGUGGUCCCCCCGCUCCAGGAGUCCCAGCCAGACAUCCACCUCUGCAGAAGCCACGUGGCCUUCAGCUCUGCUCCAGGCCGGUGUUUGUUGGGGCUCACCCUUCUGCUAUCGCUAGCCCUGAUCCUGGGCCUCCUCUAGCCGUGGUGGGAGCACUGAGCUACUCACCCGGGGGUUGACCCUGUUUCUAGAACUGCCCUAUUGUACACAAGGACGGACGCCUGUUCCCAGGAAUGGACCUGACCCCUCCUCGACACUGUUUGGGCCUGAGGCUCUAGUCACUCCUUCCUCCCAGGACCCUGUAGGAGCUCAGGGCACCAUCGUGACCUUUGAGCCCCCACUCCUGGGUUUGUUCUUUGGGACUUUAAUCCAGAGCCAGUUUUACUGUCUGUGCUACUGGCUAGAACCUCUGGCCACCUGCUGUCCACAAGCCUAUUGGUUGGGCUCCUAUGGAGCUCCCAAGGAGCCUCAGGAAAUGGGAAGACGGGGCAGCUGCCAUGCUGACUGCUGCUGAAGGGCUGGCUCCCGUGCCCGACAUGCUCUGCCUGAUGAGCCCCAUCACUUUGCCCUCCUGUUGUCUUCUGGGUUGGAGUUGCCUCUGAGCAGCAUGUUUCCAAGGACAAAAAAGGCCCCAAUCUUGCCCCAUUGGCUGCCAAGCCCCCACUGCGCCCUGAUUUCUGGACUCCGGAGGACUGAGCCCCCACCGGAACUGGGCUCGAGCUUGGAUCUGGCAGAGGGUAGAAGGAGCAAGAAGGAAUAAAAUGUUUUGAGCAUAA